GCGGCCCGGCAGUCCGAUCGCACGACGCAGCCGCCGCCGCACGCGCGCACACAGACCGAACGGAUCUCGCGGGCCGCACGCGACGACCGCCGCUGCCACAGCAGCAUCGCCGCCGCCACAUCAGUACACCGCGACAGUGAUCACCGGCCGACGACGAUCGCGCGAAGAUUGCAGUGCGCGCAAUAUUAUUGCAAUAUUUUUUUUUAUUUUUUUUUUGUUAUUGUGUGCGACGACGUUCGCGAGUACCUUAAUAGGUCUGACCGCGGGCAUGCUGUUGCCGUCGGACAUGUUGGCCACGCAAUCGAAGAUGCUGUACCAGCUGAACAAGUACUGCGUGGAACGGGUGGAGACCAGGAAGACGGCCACGGCCAAAGCGGUGCGGGAGGUGUGCAAGGUGGUGCAGACGGUAUUGCACGAGGUGGAGGCCCAGGAACCGCGGUUCAUAUCGUCGCUGGCCGAGUGCAACGGCCGGUACGAGGGCCUGGAGGUGGUGUCCGCCACCGAGUUCGAGAUCGUGCUCUACCUGAACCAGAUGGGCGUGUUCAACUUCGUCGACGACGGGUCGCUGCCCGGGUGCGCCGUGCUCAAGCUCAGCGACGGUCGCAAGCGGAGCAUGAGCCUGUGGGUCGAGUUCAUCACGGCUUCCGGGUACCUGUCGGCUCGCAAGAUCCGGUCUCGGUUCCAGACGCUGGUGGCGCAGGCGUGCGACAAGUGCGCGUACCGGGACUCGGUCAAGAUGAUGUCGGACACGGGCGAGGUGAAGCUCCGGAUCCGGGACCGGUACGUGGUGCAGAUCACGCCGUCGUUCAAGUGCGCGGGAGUGUGGCCGCGGUCGGCCGCCCACUGGCCUGUGCCGCAGCUCACGUGGCCGCAUCCCAACCUCAUCGUACAGGUCAAGACCGAGGGGUUCGACCUGCUGUCCAAGGAUAGCGUCAUCAUGCACGGCAAGCAAAACUCGAUGGAGGGCGACGCGUGGGUCAUGUCGUUCACGGACGUCGAGAAUCAGCUGCUAUACGGCGGCUGCCGAAAGCGAUGUCUGAGCAUCCUCAAGACUCUCAGGGACAGGCACCUCGAUCUGCCCGGCAACCCGAUCACCAAUUAUCACAUCAAGACGCUGUUGCUGUACGAGUGCGAGAAACACCCGCGGGACGCUGAGUGGGAGGAGACUGGUAUCGCGGACCGCAUCAACGGCAUACUUCUGCAGCUCAUCUCGUGCCUGCAGUGCCGCCGGUGCCCGCACUACUUUAUCCCACAUCUGGACCUGUUCAAGGGUAAGACUCCGGCGUCUCUGGAGAGCGCGUCCAAGCACGUGUGGCGGCUCAGCCGGGAGAUACUCACCAACUCCAGGGCCUUCGACAAGCUCUAAAGGGCUUUCGCGUAUCCUAUUAUAUAUUAUAACACCCGCAGUGCAGUAUACAGUGAAACCUUUUUAAAUACCGCAAACUCGCGGUUUCGGUAAAUUUGUCCGCUAUUCGGAGGUGUAGUCAGAAGAGGUUUCACUGUGUAUUUUGUCAUCGCAUCGCGUGUCAACAUACACACACACAUGUAUAUAUAUAUAUAUAUAUAUAUAUGAUAUACAAGUAUUAUACGAUGUUAUAUAUAUACUCCACCAAAACUAGUCAACGCGUUUUCGUCAAACGCUGAAAUCGAUAAUUAAUAUAAUAUUUUAUAAUAUAUUAUUUGAUUAUUAGCUAUAAACAUAUUGCAGCCGCCCAGAAAGAUCUCUCGAAUCGAUAACGAUUAUUCUCUGUAGUUUUCGCACUAUAUAUGCUAUAAAUAUAUGUAUAUGUAUCCUAUAUAUAAUAUAUACAUACAUUAUAUAUGUUAUGAUCGCAUGUAUUCAUCACUCGAAUGAUUUAAUAGGAUACGUUUACUAUAUAUUACACUACAUCGUUAUUAAUAUGUCUACUUAUACUUUUUUAAUUAUUUUUUUUUACUUUUUGAUAAAACAUUUUUAAUAUGUAAGUUACUAUUGUUUAU